CAAAGCGGGUUCAUCGGCUACAGGGAGCGAGCAGGGCCAUUUUGUGCCUUUCGGGCAGUGCGGGGAGACUGGGAGCUGAGGAAGGGGGGAGGGGGAAGAAGGCGGCCGCUGCUUUCCGCCGUCUCGUAGUGUUAACUCGAGUUUCAGUUGCAGCCCAAUACAUGACUAAAAAUGAUUGACUCAGUCAAAGUAAGAAGACAGUGCAGCUUGGAUUUUUACUCUCAUUAUGAGCACCUUUGUUCAGUUCAGGGCUGUGUCCCUCUACAAUCUGUAAAAGCUAGAAGGCUUCUUGGUGUUCUCGAUAUAAAUGCAGAUCGCAUCAAACCUCCUGACUGGGUACCUCUCUUGGAUGCUAUCAGGCACAACAAAACUUUGACUUCGAUUGCCAUAAGAAGCUUUCAUCAUCAGGGACAUAGAGACUCAGGUGCUGAAAAGCAGGGAGCAUAUAUUGUAAGAAGAAGAAUUCCAGCAAUUCGAUCCAAAGACUUUACUGGUCAACUAUGUAAAGCUAUUAAAAGUUGUCUGAUGAGAUCAAGUGCUCUAGUAAAUUUGGAACUACAGGGACUGCUUUUGAGGGAAAAAGACUUAAUAUUACUGACAAAAGGGUUGGCUAACACAUCAUCUCUAGAGAGACUGUCUUUAGCAGACUCACCAAUUGGUGAUGGAGGUUUGGAAAUGAUUUGUCAGAGUGUGAAGAAUUCAGCUUGCAUCAAAACUAUAGAUUUUACAGGGUGCAGUUUGACAUGGCGAGGAACCCAACACAUGGCCAACAUUUUAAAGCACCAGGCAUUGAAAAGACACAGUGAAGCUUGGGCUGAGAGCCUGCGCUAUAGGAGACCUGAUUUGGACUGCAUGGCUGGCUUAAGGCGCAUUACUCUCAACUGCAACUCACUUAUUGGUGACCGAGGUGCUAUUGUUUUAGCUGAAUGCCUUGGAGAAGACCUAUGGUUAAAAGCACUUGAUUUGCAGCAAUGUGGAAUUACCAAUGAGGGAGCUACAUCACUUUUGGAUAUAUUUGAGACCAACAAAACAAUUGUGGUUCUAGACAUCAGGAAAAAUCCAUUAAUAGAUCAUGCUGUAAUGAAGAAAAUAAUUGAAAAAGUUCUGAUGAAUGCAAAUGAAAGUAACAAGGAGUAUAAGUGGCUUCCAUCUCCACCCUCAAAAGACCUUAAAAAUAAACCUAAAAAAAGAACAGUUGUCUUAGGAAAUGGCAGAAAAGGAAAAGCUACUAUUCGUAUUGGAUUUGCAUCAAAAAAGCCCUUAAGCCCUAGUAAGACAAUGCUGUGUGAUCAAGACAGCUAUGUUCCAAAGCCCUUACCUCCAGGAGCACGUGGCUUCCUGCCUUGGCGUACUGCUGAACGUGCAAAACAGCACAGGGCUGCAUCUAGGAAGAAUAUUCAUGAAUUUCCAUUGCAAAUCCAGGCUGGCAUUCCAGUGAAAGUAACUGUAGAAAGUGUGUCUUCAUCUGAAACGGAGACAGAUGGUGCUGCAGAGGAUGUUAUAUGUGAAACUGAUGCCACAAAGUCACCAGAAAUAAAGUUAAAACAGUACCAUCAGUUACAGCUGGAACUAGAAAACACCCGCUUACGGAAUCUAAAUUGCUCUUUGUCAGAGGUCCUCCAUGCACAGUCAGUAGCCAGCACAAUUCUUGAAGAUGAAGGAGUUUUGGGUAGCAUUGAGAGUUCUUCAAAGUUUCAUGCUUUUUUAGAUCUUCUAAAAGACGCAGGACUUGGACAGCUUGCAGCAAUGGCUGGUAUAGCAUCGGAUUUUGGCUUAUUUGCCCAACCUCAAAUGACUUCUACUGUAGCUAAACCAGCAGUAACAGAAAGGGAGAAGUCAUUUGAAGAAGAAAGACAAGAACACAUGGAGAAUUUCAAAAAUGCUGGUUCAGCUGUUAUUCCUGAUCCCAUCUCCUUCCAGACUGAUUUAGCUCCAUUUCAAAUUGCAAAUAAUGUCCUAGCUGCUACAACAGAAGGACAAGAACUUCAGGGCAUUGGGCAGCCCAAGAAAGAUUAUGGCAAGACUUUGAAGGUAAAGUUGAAAGUUGGAGAAUGGAAGUAAAUGCAUCAAAAAUCAGCCAGGCAGCAUCUUCUGAGAAGAGCAGCCAACCUGUGGAACUGGAAGCCAGAGGCUCCUCUGUAAGGCAAGGAGUUGCUAGUUGGCAUUCAGUCUCUGAUCCCAGUGUAAAUAUGUAUAGUAGCAAAUUCAGCAAUCUUUCUAGUGAAAAUGGUAAAGUUUCCUCAAAA